CUCUUUUGCUCUUAGCGGAGCGCGCUGGUCACCCAGUUGCAGCCGCUGCUCACGGCUGAAAGGGCACUUCACCCUGUCUCCGGCGUGGUACUGUCAUUCCUGGCAGGUUAGAUUUCCCCCGGGAGAAAGAGUCCCGAAACUCUGAUUGUUAUUGGGAUUACAAAGACCUGAUUAUGCCCUCAAGACCCUGAGGAAUAUAAAGGGAGUCCCAGAGGAGGAGAGAGAGAGAAAGGAGUAGAAAACUUAUUUGAAGAAAUAAUAGCUGAAAACAUCUGUAACCUAAGGAAGGAAACAGACAUCCAGAUCCAGGGAGCAGAGAGAGCUCCAAAGAAGGUGCCUUUGUGCAGAUUAAAAAAGCAACUACCCCUUCUUCAAGACACUGAAUAGAACUUCCAACUGUUGGAAAACCAUCUUCAUAAAUACAAGUCCAGGAUGUUUACCCUGGCAUCUUUCCUUUGAUGAUUUUCAAGAAAGCUGUGCUAUGAGGUAGCAAAAGUCUCCAGGAAGCAGGAUGCCAGUGCCUCUGAGCAGACUGAUCCUUUUCAGCGGUCUGAUGGCUGGCGGGUCCUGGGCCCUCAUAUAUUAUCUUAUACAGAAAACUUUCUCCAGGGCUUCCUACUACCAGCUGGGAUUGGAGCAGCUACAUAGCCACCCCGAGGCACUGGAGGCUCUGGGCUGUCCUCUCAGCGUUCGCUUUCUCCAGCUCACUGACAAGCACAACUUCGUUGACAUUGCUGAUGCUCAGUUGAAGAUUCCUGUCUCUGGCUCCAAAUCAGAGGGCCACCUCUAUGUCAGCUCAUACAGAAGUGGUCCCUUUAAGAGGUGGUAUCUUCAGGAGGUCUUCCUAGAGCUCAGGGACGGUCAGCAGAUUCCUGUGUUCAAGCUGAGUGGGGAGAAUGGUGAUGAAGUAAAAAAGGAGUAGAGGUGAUGGAGUAGACCCAGCUUUCUCUAAGCAUGGCCUUCCCUCAUCACCAUGGACCCUCCAGGGCUGCAGCCAGUUUUCCAGCCACCAGGGGGGGUGUAUGUGCUGGUGUAUGGUAAUUUUGGUAUAAUCCCAAUUUGACCACAACUAUUGUGGGUUUUUUAAGAUUAAAAAGAAAUGAAACUUUUA